AUGCAGCACCCAGCAACGAGGUCUUCCAGAGCCCCAGAUGUUGCCAGAGGAGAGGAAGGGUACGGAGAAGGGGUCAGGCCAGUGGCCGAAUCCAGUGCCCCCCCGGUCCCUGAGCCCUUCCUGUGCCCGGAGGAUAACAACGGCUUCAGCGAUGUGGCCGUCUCUGAAACCGCCGGCCAGCCCCACGCCUGCUCCCUCUGUCCAAAGAGUUUCCGGCUGAAGACCAGCCUGCUUAUCCACCAGAAGACCCACGCGGUGGGGAAGAGCGACAGCCCCUUCGUGUGCUCCGAGUGUGGCUGCGGCUUCAGCCACCAGGCUCAGCUGACCCGGCACCAGGCCAUCCACGCCGACCGGCCGCACCAGUGCUCGGAGUGCCACAAAGCCUUCAACCNGUACAAGUGA